AUGUCCUACCCAUCUGAACCAGGGUUUACAUACGGCCUGCCGGGUGUCGUGCACGGUCUCACUCUCUGUGCACCUACUGGAAUUCUCACACUCAAUGUUCUCCUUGGGGAUGCCAUUGUUUGGUGGCGCGCAUGGAUUAUCUGGCCCCGCAGUCUAAUCGUCAGAGGGACAUGCGUAGUUCUCCUGGCAGUAACAACGGCAUUCUCAGAACUCACAUUGGCGAAUCUCGACUACAUCCCGAUUGGUUCCUUCUACAGGCUGGACGUCUUUGGUGUGGCUGCAUCGGUCUCAUCCCUAUCGAGCAAUCUCGUUGCCACGGUCAUGAUUGGAUGCAAAGCAUGGGAGCAUAGGAAGAUGUUUGAGGCAACGACGCUUGAACGAAGCAGCCGAAUUGAGCGGCUCCUCGUGCUGCUCGUGGAGUCAGGCACGGUGUAUUGCCUACUUUGGGGGUUCAUCCUGGCAUAUCAAACCAGCUCGUUCACCGAUCCAGCGCUGGAGUCUCGACUGGAGCAACAAGUACUGACGGGAUUUGACUAUUUCAUGAAAGGCUGUCUAAUUCCUCUGAUUGGGAUCUAUCCGACAACCAUUAUCGUUCUGGUCGCACUGAAUAGGUCCCACUUCCACGGGACAGUGUCAACAGACAAGCUGGUAUCCCACGUCGUGUUUCGCCAUCAACCUGACAUCACAAACGACGAAGCCGCCUCAUCACUACACACAGCAGCGGAAGUCAGCUCAUGCGGUGGCCGGAAUGGACAGCUUGGUGCAGACGAGGACUGUAGCAAGGGUUUCAUGAUUGCGGAUAAGGAAUCGCCAUCUAGCUACCUUCGUGGGCCUGACCGCGCCCGACCACUCACCAUUCACGAAUACCUGCAAAAGGGGGACGUAGAAAGCCUAAGUUUGUUGAGUGAUCUGCAUGUACAUCCGCUUGAGAAGGGCCUCCAUGGAGUCAUAUUUGGAAUACAAUCUAUCUCGAAACAGGCAGAUGAAGCCAUGGAUGCUGUCGCUAGCACUGAGCCGGCGGCCGAUCUUUCAUCUUCUCGUACAAGUAGCAGUACGCUCUCCAUGAUGGAUACCACAGAAGUCCCCUUGUAG